AUGAGGACAGCCGCUUGGAACUGUAGAGGCUUAGGCAAUGACCUCGCAGUUCGACGUCUAAAAGAGAUUAAGAAGACUUUCUCUCCAGACAUCAUUUGCCUCAUGGAAACUAAGCAAGGAAAUGACGUAGUUAGAUCAGUUGGUGCUGAACUAGGAUAUGACCAUGUGUUUACAGUCCCUCCAAUAGGCUUAAGUGGUGGUGUAGCUCUAUUUUGGAAUAGUUCUCUUUCUGUUUCCGUUCUUUAUCAUUCCCUAAAUCUUGUAGACACAUAUGUUAAAAUUAAUGGAUUUGGUUUCUAUUUGUCUUGUGUAUAUGGCAACCCAAAUCCAUCUCUUCGUCACUUGGUUCGGGAAAGAUUAGAACGGACAACUUUAAACAGAACUGGACCUUGGAUGGCUAUUGGUGAUUUUAAUGAAAUCAAGAGUAAUAGUGAGAAAAAAGGUGGUCCACCUAGACAUGAAAGUUCCUUUGCCGACUUCCGUAACAUGCUUCAGGUCUGUGACUUUCAUGAGCCAAAAUUCAAAGGAAACCCCUUCUCUUGGACAGGAAAACGUUAUUCUCAUGAUAUUGCUUGCUGCCUAGACAAAACACUAGCAAACAGUGAAUGGCAUGGCCAAUAUCCAGCUUCGCAUGCUGAGUUUUUGGAACUUCUUGAAUCAGAUCACAGACCAGUCAUCACUACUAUCACUAGCGAUUUUAACCCGCGUCAAGGUCAGUUUUGCUAUGAUAACCGGCUAUUAAAUCGUGAGGGAUUUCAAGAUGCAAUCAACAGAGGGUGGAACCAUCAACAUCUUGGCCAUGAGACACAACUAACAUCACGAUUACAAGAGUGUAGAAAAGCUAUUUUCUCCUGGAAACGACGUAACAAACCUAAUGCACAAGAAGAAAUCAGCAUCCUUAAGAAUCUACUAGAUAAGGCUCAUUCUGAUGGUCUUCUACACAACGUAAACGAGAGCUUCGACAACAACUGA